CCAAAAUGCACAUAUUUCUAACAGCAGGUGAAACUAACCUGGAGAAGCAACAAGACACACAACAGAUAUCAAGCUCUGCUCUUUGCUGAUUCACUGCAACCAACAUGCCUGGGUCAGAGAAGUUGUCAAAGGAUGUAUGGAUGAACUUAACAGGCCCUGGAGUUGGGCCUUUGAGUGAGGCUUUCUUUGGGCCAAGUGUCACAGUUUUGCAGGAAAACAUAGGACCAAAAGGAGUAACAGCGCAAGCAGAAGACACAGUUCCACCAAAAAUGAUUGUCAUGGAAGGAAAAACAGCUCGGGCUCAAAAGUACAUCAAAGUGGAAAAAAUGUACAGGAUUGUUCUGCUGGGAGACAGUGAAGCUGGGAAAAGGAGCCUAGCAAGCACCAUGUUUGGAGAAGAUACAUUUAUGGUUGACAACACUAAAUGUCAAACUAAAUCCAAAUCUCUCCAUGGAAGAAGGAUUACCCUGAUCAACACUCCUGAUUUCUCAGACACAGGUAGAUCAGAGGAGGAGCUGAAGCCUGAAAUACUGAGGUGUAUCACUGAGUGCACUCCGGGGCCUCAUGCUUUUCUUAUUGUACUCAAAGUGGAGAAAUCCACAGGGCAGCAGCAGAAGGCUGUUAUUGAGAAAAUAAGCCAGUAUUUCUCAGAGGAAGUUUUCAAAUAUGCUGCAGUUGUCUUUAUUCAGGAUGGACCAGACUCAGAUGAAAUGAAGAUCAAAGAGUUUAUAGAUCAGAAUAAAUAUCUGAGUGAUCUGGUGAAGAAGUGCAAGAGCCGAUACCACAUCAUUAAUAAUUACACCCGACAGGGUGACAACAUCAGCAACCAGUCCCAGGUUGCAAAGCUGCUCAACACAAUAGACCAGAUAGCUGCACAGAACAAAGGUUGGUGCUACACUAGCAAGAUGUUGCCACAAGGAGGCACCCACAAUAAGGCUAACAACAGUGUCUCUAAGAAUAAGAUGAUCAAAUUGACAGGCUGUGCAGCAACUUCAGUGGCAAAGGCUUUCUCUGGGCCAGCUGUUGUAGUUUUAACCCCAGGGACAACAAACAGAGCAGAGGAACCAAAUGAACAGGAAGAAGCUAUAUCAGAAAUGAAAAACAAAGGUUCCCUGACAGAAGUGACAAGCAAGGUAGAUGGAGAAACAACAAAGAAAACAGGAGAAGAAGAAGAAGCAGUGAAGACAAAAGAAGAUCUUCUUCUCCAAGGAGAAAGAGAAGACGGCAAUGCUCCUCGAAAAGCAGAAGCAGCAGGAGGACUGGAGUGCUUUGUACGUUUUCUGUUUGGUGUUGCUGUAGCAGUAGGAGUACCAUUAUUAAAGGAGGGAGCCGUAUUUAUAGUAUCAGUCAUAGCAAGAGGGAUAGCAUUAGUGACUUCAGCUUUGGACUCUACACAAAAUGCAGCAGAAACAACAGAUGUAGACACAGUAAGAGCUGGAGGGCCAGCAGCAAAUGUGGUAGUCUUAGGUGAUGGUAACGUACCAGAAUGGGCAAGAUGGGCAAUAGAAAAAACAUUCACUAUAAUAGAGUGGAUAAGAAGUGAUUUUGAAUUGGUGAUAAUUGUUUUCCUCUCAUUACUUCUGACAUGGUUUUUACUCAAAGUACCGUUUUUUGGGACCCUUCUGGUAAUUUUGCUGUUUGUGGGUUUUUUUAAGAUUCAUGACAUGAUAUAAUUACAACACUAGACAGAACUGUAUGAUUGUGUGACUGGUUUAAUUUAAAGACCAACACCAUACAUGUUUUAAAAGAUACAGGAUGCAUGAUAUGGUCACAAAUAUUGUUUAAGUCGUUGUUUCUUUUGAUUUGUUGUUUUUCUUAAAAAUAGAUAUUCUACUCCAUGAAGAAAAAAAUCAUUUUUUUCUCUUUGUCUAUCUUUUUUGUCGUAAAAUCAUAUUUUCAACAGAAAUUAUAUUCCAAACAUGUAUACAUGUCUUGUAGUUGAUUCAGUUUACUAUAGGUUACUGUACUUGUGCCCAAGUCUACUUUUAGAUUUUAAAAAUAAAAGCUAUAAUCCGAUCAGAAAUUAGUGUGGACUCAGUUUAGGCUUUCUCUUUUUUAUCAUAUGCUGAUGUUCCACCAAAGAUUUAUAUCUGCUUUUAUGUAACGCUCUAAAAUAAUGCAAUAAUAUGGAAUUAGUAAUUACAUCUUAACAUAUAUUUUGUCUUUUAGUCUGUAUGUCUUUGAGUAAAGUGUAUCAACCUGGUAUAAAGUUUCUUUAUUAUGUGUAAACAAGCAAUAAA